AUGGAACACUUUCAGCACACCGCUGAUAUCGGAACCCACUCGCUGAGCUAUGCGCUGCGGGGCAUUGCCAGGCAGCCUGGGAGCCCCCUGGUUAUUAUACUCACCGGAAUUACGAGCAGCGCCCUAGAAUGGAGCCCCGUCUGUCGGUAUAUCGAGAACAAGGCGUCAAUUCUACUCUACGAGCGUUCCGGAUACGGUCGCAGCGAAGAGUCCCCCAACGAACCAGACUCUCUAACAAUCGUCGACGAACUAUCUCGUUUGUUAGCAGCGGCGGACCUUAAACCCCCCUAUCUCAUAGUGGGACAUUCCUGGGGCGGGAUUCUCGCCCGCGAGUUCAUCGCUGCCCAACCGAUUGAAGAUAUCUGUGGUCUGGUCUUGGUUGACCCAGUGCAGGAACGCAUGCUCUUUGAGUCGUGGCCUGACCCCAGUAUUGCGGCUGUCACAGAGGGACUGGACUAUAUGGAGGUGGUGGGGUUGACACGGGAUCACCGGUUGACCGAGUCAGAGUGGAAGGAGCUUAUGGCAGAGGAAUCGAGUGAUAAGCACGCUCACCAAGCAGUCCGGGAGCUCCCGUAUCUUCAGGUUAGCCGGGGUGUACUCGCAAAGAAGCAGCAGUUACUUCCUGGUCGAGAUUUGUUAAAAGGGAAGCCGGUCAGUGUACUCCGGGGCAACUCGAAACGUGAUCACGAAAUCUUAUACCAGGUCGGUGUGGCCCAAGGAGGAGGUACUGAAGCUCAGAGAGCCAAAUUCAGGGAAUAUCUGGCAAGGUGGGAGGAGAGCGAAGAGGCUUUCCAGCGGGAGCUCUUGCGUCUGUCGAGCACGGCGCGCUUCUCUACGACGACCCGGAGUGGCCAUAAUAUUCAGCUCACGGAGCCAGAGCUAGUAGCAGCAGAGAUCCAGUGGGUGCUACAGAGGACUUCAGGAUCGAUGGCUUAA